UAAACAAGGGGAAAGCGUUGGUUAGCCUAUAGGAAAACACAACUGUCUGUCAGAACUCAGAAACGUUUUGCAAAGAACUUAUUCGAUUAAAAUGGUACGAGAAAAGCAAACUGCUCGCAAAUCGACCCGUGCUGCUGGCCAACUUACUGCCCUUGCCGCACAGAAGAAAAUCAAAGGAAGGCACUCCCAACGUAUCGCCAAUCAAAGUGGCUUGAAAACUGAACUUUUGAAGAAGAAGAAGCAUCUACAUCACUAUCGUCCUGGUGCCCUGGCUCUCAAGGAGAUUCGUCGCUACCAAAACUCGACCAAUCUUCUCAUCCCGAGAGUUCGUUUCCAACGACUUGUUCGCGAAAUCUCGAAGGACUUCAAACUGAACUUGAGAUUCCAGAGUGGAGCCAUUGGCACCUUGCAGGAGGCCAGCGAGGCAUUUUUGGUGGGCCUAUUUGAAGACACCAAUCUGUGUGCUCUUCAUGCCAGUCGUGUCACCAUCAUGCCCAAGGAUAUUCAGCUAGCACGUCGGAUACGAGGAUAGAAAUUCAAAAGCUUGUCCAACUUUAAAUUCAAGAAAACUAUUAAAGAAAAACAGAACAUCCCCAGCACAUUUUAUUAACCAAGAAGUAAAUUCAUCCUAUUUUGUAUUAUAUAAUUUUAAGUCCCAUUUUUGUAUAUCAAUGGCAGCACAUUUCUAUCAUUAGAAAGCACUGUUUGGCUAUUUAAUACCAGACAAAACUUGUAUUUUGUUGAACUUGUUCCUCAAAUUUGUAUGCGACUAAAACAAAUGAAUUGAGCAAUCCAAUGUUUGGGCAGUCAAUAAAUAAGUUCAGUAAAA